AUGGCUAGCAACCGUACUCGUCGUAUUGGCAAAGAAAUUGCCGACAUCCAUGCCGACACACAUUCCCAGAUCAAGGCUGAGCCCUUUGGAGACUUGGACGAUGUAACACACCUUCGUGGGUCGUUUCCAGGGCCGCCCGGAACUCCAUAUGAAGGUGGAACUUAUACGAUUGAUAUCAAAAUCCCUACCGACUAUCCUUUCCGACCACCUACGAUGAGGUUUGAGACGAAAGUGUGGCAUCCGAAUGUCAGCAGCCAGACAGGUGCAAUUUGUCUUGAUACAUUAUCUAGUGCCUGGUCACCGGUACUCACCAUCAAGUCUGCCUUGCUGUCAUUGCAAUCUUUGCUCAGCACCCCGGAGCCCAAGGACCCGCAAGAUGCUGAGGUAGCCAACAUGCUCCUCAGGACACCAAAGGAAUUUGACCGUGUAGCUCGUGAAUGGGCAGUUCUCUACGCCGGUGCCCCGAUGAGCAACACGGGAAACGGAACUGGAACCAGUUCAGAGGAGGAGCAGCAAGGUGCUGGUGUUGACAACACAGCGAAAUAUGAUGGAUACAACAAGGAUUUGAUCGAUCGAUUUUGCAGUAUGGGAUUUGAUGUGGAACAGGUUGUAGCUGCUUUCCGUUUUGUCGGUGCCCCUCGAAGAGAUGGCCAGGACUAUGAAUUGGAUGAAGGUCGCAUGGCAGAUAUUACUGCUCGACUUCUUGGUGAGUGA